CCGGCGUCCGUCAGAAGUUGGUAUUUGUGCACAAAUGCACCCUGCCCCCUGCCGCUGGCUCUACGAUGCCUAUAUUGUAGAUUACCACAAUGGGUAUUUUCGUACAAUCAUAAAACACCAACAUUCCUUUUAAUUUUUUUCUCUCUCGUCUCAGCCUCAUUGGCAGAUACCACUGGCAGGCGUUGUUUUCGUAUUUUACUCCUUGCGAAAAUUGAAAAAAAAAAAGAAGCAAAAACAGGAUUUAGAUUUGCUUUGAUUGGUGUUAGCAAAGAAUGUCGAAGACUGGUGCAUUGGAUCUGGCCUCAGGUCUGGGUGGCAAGAUUGACAAAACCCAAGUCCUUUCUGCAGUUGAAAAGUAUGAGCAAUAUCAUGUCUUUCAUGGAGGUGAGGAGGAAGAGAGAAAAGCCAACUACACUGACAUGGUUAACAAAUACUAUGAUCUAGUUACCAGCUUUUAUGAGUUUGGAUGGGGGGAAUCUUUCCAUUUUGCUGCCAGAUGGAAUGGGGAGUCUCUUCGAGAAAGCAUAAAGCGUCAUGAACAUUUUCUUGCUUUACAGCUUGGCUUGAAGCCUGGACACAAGGUGUUGGAUGUUGGAUGUGGAAUUGGUGGACCACUAAGAGAAAUUGCUCGAUUUAGCUCCACAUCAGUUACAGGGUUGAACAACAAUGAAUAUCAAAUAGCAAGAGGGAAGGAAUUAAACCGCAUUGCUGGAGUGGACAAGACUUGCAACUUUGUGAAGGCUGACUUUAUGAAUAUGCCAUUUCCUGAGAGCAGCUUUGACGCAGUUUAUGCUAUUGAAGCUACCUGCCAUGCACCAGAUGCUUAUGGAUGCUACAAGGAGAUUUACAGAGUACUAAAGCCUGGUCAGUGUUUUGCUGCGUAUGAGUGGUGCAUGACUGAUUCUUUUGAUCCAAGUAACCAGCAACAUCAGAAAAUUAAGGCAGAAAUUGAGAUUGGUGAUGGUCUUCCAGACAUCAGGUCGACUAGACAGUGCCUGGAAGCUCUAAAACAGGCUGGUUUUGAGGUCAUAUGGGAGAAGGAUUUAGCUGUUGACUCUCCUGUCCCUUGGUACUUGCCUUUAGAUAAAAACCACUUCUCAUUGAGUAGCUUCCGUCUAACAGCUAUCGGACGCUUUAUCACUAAAAAUAUGGUCAAGGCUCUAGAAUUUGUGGGAAUUGCUCCAAGGGGAAGUCAAAGGGUUCAAGAUUUUCUGGAGAAGGCUGCAGAAGGGUUGGUUGAAGGUGGCAGGAAAGAGAUUUUUACGCCUAUGUAUUUCUUCUUGGCCCGAAAACCACCUUCAGAGAGCCAGUGAUGGAAUGGUGCAUGGACUAAAUAAGCUGCUGCUUGCUUAAGUAAUGGAAAUUCUUGCGGGGAGGGGUGACAGGUAGAGGGUAUAUUUUUGAAGGGAUAGACCAUGCUAGGCAACAUGCAAUUUGGUGACUGUAUCUGAUAUAUUGUCAGCUCUUUGCUCAAUUUGGAUUGCUUCUCUUUUUAGUUAUCUGAUGAGCAUAUUUUCCUUCAUCGUAGAAGGUAUAUAUUUAAACGGAUAGACCAAUUUUUUUUUUUUUUUGGAAGGGUACAUGAACGGGCACACAUCCCAACUAGACCAAGCCUCUGCCUAUGAAGGAAAAGAACCAUUCUGGUUAAGAAAUAUUGGUGAAUUUCGUCGACUUUCAUUCUGUGACGAAUGCUAGUAUGCAUGUUGCUUCUUUAUGGUGCUGCAAAAGUGUUAUACUAUAAAAUUAAAAGAUUAAUUGGCUGUAUCAUAUACAAUCUUUUGAUUUUAAUGAUGAAAUUGAA